AUGAGCCACCACCACGCCGUGGCAGCCCACAUCCACGUCGGGACCCCUAGGGGGAGCCCCGCGCCGCCGUACCGACCUGCACCACUGGAAGAGGCCGGCCCAGCAGCAGACGCCGCCGGCCACCCCACCAUGGCACACCCCCGCUCCGGCCACCUCCGGCACCAAAGGACCGCCGGAGACGACCGGACCACGCCGCCUCAGCCCGAGCCGCCCGCAAGAACAGCCGGCCGAAGGAGCAGCCCGCCAGAUCUGGAUCGGACCACCCCAACCCCGACGCCGCCCACCCUGCGCAGGCACCCUCCACCGACCCCAGCAGCCCUCCACGCGCCGCCACCGUCGCCGGGACGCCGGCCGUCGUCGCGCCGCCGUGCCCUGCCCAGCGCCGCGCAUACACCCAAGGCGGUUGCCCCACACCAGCCAGCCCCGUGCGAAGGAAGAAGAAGGCCCGCCGGCGCCGGCGCUGGCCAGGUUUUGCCCGGCGGCGUGCUCCGGCGUCGGCGAGGGGAGGAGAUCGAGGGGGGGAGGGGCGGCGGCGGCGGGGGAAGGGUUACCGCUCGUGGGAGCGGGUCGGGCGAGUCGGGAGGAUAA